UGAUAAUGAAGAUAGCGAGCAGAGUGGUGACAGUACCAGGGCCCAUUCGGCGUAUCGGCAUGCUGCACAGGCCGAAAAGUCCAGCUGCGCAUGGUGGAGGGCUGGUAGCUGCUCAGAGCCCCCAAUACAGCCCACCCUAAUCCUCUGCUUGAUAUUGUUUCUCACGCUCAUUGCUAGCAGCUACAAAAAGGACAGAGCUUUUCGUCACUGUUCAAAGUGUUCUUGUUCACUCGGUUUUUUGCCAUCAUUAUAUCGACUGUUCUAAAAAUCCAUUUUUCUUCUCCUGACAAAUGUGCUCUGGAACUGCAAACGCUGACGCCGCCAGCGAUCGCGAGCUGCUGCCGACCAACGUUACUCCGCUCCACUACGACUUGCUCCUGGCUCCAGACCUCGAUGCUUUGACGUUCACCGGUAAGGUUUCGAUUCGUCUGCGUGUCAACGAGUCCAGCAGCACCAUAGCGCUGCAUGCCAAGGACCUUGAUGUCACGUCGGCCUCGCUUGCCAGCACCCUGGGUUCGGAUGCUACUGCUACUGCUGCCACCAUUGCGAUCAGCCAGGAGAAGGAGGCCGUUGAACUCAGCUUCAGGCAGGCGCUGGUUGCCAGCAGCGAGGCUGUGCUGACACUCGAGUUUACGGGUGUGCUUAACGACCUAAUGCUUGGGUUCUACCGCUCCCGGUACACUGACAGUCAGGGCAACACCAAGAACAUGGCCUCAACCCACUUUGAGCCCGUCAGUGCCCGCUACGCCUUCCCGUGCUUUGACGAGCCGUUGCUCAAGGCCACCUUCGCCAUUACGCUGCGCAUCAAGGACGAUCUGACAGCGCUGUCGAACAUGGAUGUGCGCGAGACCAAGCAGGUCGGUGGCGGCCUGAAGGAGGUUGCGUUCAACACCACGCCGGUCAUGUCGACGUACCUUGUCGCAUUUGUCGUUGGUGAGUUUGACUAUGUUGAAGGCCAUACCAGCGGCGAGCAUAACGGCCGCCCAAUUCCGUGCCGCGUCUAUACGUCCCCAGGCAAGGGCGAGCAGGGUCGGUUUGCGCUCGACGUGAUGAUCAAAGUGCUGGAAUACUUCGCCGAUGUGUUUGGCAUUCCUUAUCCACUGCCCAAAAUGGACCAGAUCGCGAUCAACGAGUUCCAGAUUGGAGCCAUGGAAAACUGGGGUCUGAUCACGUACCGCGAGGUCGCUCUCCUGGUCGACGAGGCCACUACUAGCUCUGCUGCUAAGCAGCAGGUCGCCUACGUUGUCAGCCACGAGCUGGCGCACCAGUGGUUCGGCAAUCUGGUCACUAUGGAGUGGUGGAGCGACCUGUGGCUCAAGGAGGGGUUUGCUACUUGGGUUGGAACCUUGGCCGUGGACCAGUUCUUCCCCGAGUACCAUGUCUGGACCGAUUUUGUCAUUGAUGACUACCAGCGUGCGCUGAACCUCGACGCCAUGCGCUCGUCACAUCCAAUUCAGGUGCCGGUCAAGCGCUCGUCGGACAUCAGCCAGAUCUUUGAUGCCAUCUCGUACUCAAAGGGUGCCAGCGCGAUCCGCAUGCUUAGCUCGUACAUUGGCCUAGACAGCUUCUUUGCUGGUCUGCGCGUGUACCUGCAGAAGCACAAGUACGCUAAUGCCGAGACUGUUGAUCUGUGGAAUGCGCUGAGCGAGUCGUCGGGCCAGGACGUGGGCCAAUUCAUGGACCUGUGGACCCUGACCACCGGCUAUCCGAUCCUGACCGUGUCUGAGUCCGACGACAGGUCUCAGAUCGUUGUGCGCCAGAGCCGCUACCUAUCCUCAGGCGAGGCUGCUGCUGAUGAGGACAAGACCCAGUGGUGGGUCCCGCUGCGGAUCACGACAUCCAACUCUGCUGAUGCCCCUACCGGCGAUGUGCUGACUCAGCGCGAGUCAACGAUCGCUCUUCCGUCAUCGGGUGCCGAAUGGUACAAGCUUAACAAGGACACAGUUGGCAUCUACCGCGUCAACUAUCCGGCGGGAGCUAUUGCCAACCUGGCCAAGGCCAUUGCUGCCGGUGGUCAGCUGUCGACCAGUGAUCGCAUCGGCAUCAUUGCUGAUGCUGCAGCCCUUGCUGCUAGCGGGCACAGCCGUACCUCAGAAUUCCUGACCCUGCUCAAAGCAUGCCAGAACGAGUCUGAGUACCUGGUGUGGGGCGAAAUCGCGGCCCGCUUCGCCAAGUUCCAGUCGGCGUGGGCCACUGAGACAGCCGAUAUCCAGAGGCAGAUCAACGCGAUGUGCCUGCAGCUGUUCGGCUCGGUCAUUGAGCGCCUGGGCUGGGAGAUGACCGAAGAUGGCCUGGCUAACCGCCUGCGCGCUCUGUCUGUGCGCAUGGCCGGACUGGCCGGUGACGACAAGGUCGUUGCCGAGGCGCACCGUCGUCUGAACGAGUAUCUUGCUGGAAACAAGCAGGCACUGGGCAGCGACAUGCUGCGCCCAGUGCUGGCCGUUGUGGUACGUACAGGUACGCGCUCUGACUACGAAAAGGUCAAGCAGUUCUACCUUGACGCCUCCAAGACUGUCGACCAGCGCCUGGCUGCUCUGUCUGCACUUGGCCAGACCUCGGACUCGGAGCUUCUGGACGAUGCCCUGGCCUUCACUCUGACCGACGAUGUGCGCCGCCAGGACUCACACCUCAUUGUAUUUUCGGUGUCAGGCAACCCACAUGGCGGCGACAAGGUGUGGGCGUGGUUCAAGGACAACUACGACACGCUUUACAGCCGCUACUCGGUCUCGACCCGCCACUUAGGCAGCCUGGUCGAGUUCUCCACCAAGCACUUUAUCGGCGCUGACAAGGCAGAGGAGGUUGAGCAGUUCUUUGCUAGCAAGACAACUGCUACAUACAGCCGUUCGGUCGAGCAGACCAUCGAGACCAUCAAGGCCAACACCAAGUGGUUCGAGACCGAUCGUGCAAAUGUCAAGCAGUGGUUCACGCAGUAAUUGUUUAUUUAGCUUCUUUGCUGGACGGUGUCUGCCUGUGGUAGCUCUUGCGGCUUCC